AUGUCAUUAUCGUCGGCGCCGGAAUUAGUGGCAUUAAUGCCGCUUGGGGGGACAUGGAAGCCUGUUCAAAUUCCCCGGAAUCAGAUCAGAUUCGGAUCUUUUCACCACUGGCCUCCCUUGGGAACUGGCAACAUGAUCGCGCCAUUGCAGAAGCAAAAGCCAUUCUUGGCUAUCUCGGAAACGCCGCCACUGAACAUGGGAUCGACCAGCAUUUCAAUUCGGACAUAUGAAGUCACCGGAGCUGCCACGUCUUGCUCGGCACGGGCUAUUACGACUACAAGCGUGGGCUCAGCCCUGCGAUUGAAGGAAUCGAAAACUUUAAGGGCACGGUCGUCCAUCCCCAGUUUUGGCCAGAGGACCUUGAUUAUGCCGACAAAAUGGUGGUGA